AUGGACUCUGCACCCACCAAGCAAAAACAGUUCAAACAGGCCUGCGACAACUGCCGUCGACGAAAGAUCAAAUGUUCGCGGGAGCUUCCGUGCGACAAGUGCCAGCGUCUGCUGCUCUCCUGCUCCUACAGCGACGUCUUGCGCCGCAAGGGUCCCAAGUUUCGCACGCUGUAUCCCUUGGCGCCUAUACACCCUCUCGUGUCACGACAGCGACAGCAGUCUGAUCAAUACAGUCUUCCGCCCGACCCGUUGGACAAAGGAUGGAUCACCGAUGCUGCGGCAUACCCCCUGGACUCGCCCAUUUCCCCUCCUUUCACCGUCACCGAUGCCCAGUACCUGCCGCCGGAUCUCUCGGAGUCAUGCAUCCCCGCGCCACCCAGUCUAGAUCUGGUCUCCUCUCCAGAGCUGACCGGCUCACUGCCCGAUGCCCUGGUUGAUCCCCUGCCUGCUCCGCGGAGGCUCUCGGGCCCAGUGCUCCUGGCUCAUGUCAAUGUUUUCCUCAAGUACCUGUUCCCGAUCAUGCCGGUGGUGCGCCGGGAGGAGCUCCAGAAUGAUUGCCACCAUCCCGAGCAACUGACUGCCCAACGAUACGCCUUUCUUGCAGCGCUAUGUGCACUGACUCAUAUCCAAUUGAAGUUGGACGGAUCCAAUGGCUCGUCGGUUCCGUCCCAUCUCCCGCCGGGUGCUGAUGGCCAGGCGGUCAUGUCCGGCGAGGAGCUGCUGGAAGAAGCGGUUCGAGCCCGGAGAGACUGCGACCCGGUGGAUGGCAUGAACGUGGAAUCCCUCCUGACGUCGUUCUUUUUGUUUGCUUCAUACGGAAAUCUCGACCAACAAGAUCAUGCGUGGUUUUACCUGUCGCAGGCCACGUCCAUGGUGUUCACACUGCGGCUGAACCGGGAAUCGACUUAUGCCGAGAUGAGCCCUGAAGAAGCCGAAGAAAAAAGAAGAGUCUUCUGGCUGUUGUUUAUCACCGAAAGAGGCUACGCAUUGCAGCAAGCCAAACCGGUCAUGCUGCGCAAUUCCAUCCAUAAACCCCAGGUGCUCUGCGCGGAUGACCCCAUCCUGGCCUAUGGCUUCAUCAACCUCAUCAACAUCUUCGAGAAACUUACGGUGAACUUGUACGACUGGGUCUCUGCAGGUGGCGGAGACGGCGAGAUGCCCCCAACAUCUUCCAUCCAGUCAAGUUUGUGUAAGGCGAUCUCCCUCGAAGGCGUCUCCGAAAUUCAAAAGGUCGACAUCCUCAUCACUCAGCAGUGGCUGCAGGCUAUGAUGUGGAAGCUCUCAAUGACCCGUGCCUCUCAGCCUGGCUCCCGUGAUGACGCCGUCCUCCCAUUCCACCUGCCUGUGCUGGUCGGCAAGGCAGUAAUGGGGGUCAUCAGCGCUGCAUCGCAGGGAGCGGUGGAUGCGCAUGGAAUUGGAAUGGAACAAAAACUCUUCGAUCUGGGCUCAUCGGUCGCAGACGUCUCCCGGUCCCUAGGAUCCAAAGCCGCGCACCGUCUGGCUGAGUCGGCGGUCGACCCGCGUGAGCUCCUCUGGGGAAUUGUGUCCACGCUGUCGCGCAUUCGCGGCUCCCAGUCAUACCUUCUGCCAGCCCUGCUGGAACGCUGCCAAGGAAUCCUCAGCCUGGAAUGCCUCCUCUCAACAGGGAAUUUCCUGCCGCCCUUGGACGAUGCGCAGCCCCCGGCGGAAGCGGUCGAAUGGACCGGCGAUGAAGCCGACUGGGAAUCUUCCAAGGACGACUCGGGCCUCGAGCCUCGUGGUCUUGAGAUAUGCAUAUAG